AUGUUGGACACAAACUUCUCAAUCGUAGACUAUUUAGUGUUUGUGUCGCUUUUGAUCGCCUCAUCACUAAUCGGAGUAUACUUUUGGUACAAAUCGCGAAAUACAGCCACAAAUGCCGAGUACUUGAUCGGUAACCGGCAACUCAGUCUCAUCCCGGUCAUAAUGUCUAUGGCGGCCACCUUUAUGUCCACUAAUACACUGCUGGGAAUGCCGGCUGAGGUAUACCAAGUGGGCACUCAAGUGUGGCUGACAGCAGUUUCAUGUAUUAUAGCCAUUGUAUUGACGGCUGAAGUUUUUGUACCCAUUUAUUAUUCAAUGGGAUUCAUAAGUGUUAAUGAGUAUUUAGGAAAACGAUUUGACGCCGACUAUAUGCGCUUAGCCGGUACAAUGGGGUUAACGUUUAAAUAUAUCCCUUAUUUGGCGACUGUAUUGUAUGGGCCGGCAGUGGCACUCAGUGCAGUGACACCUCUGUCAAUACCGAUGUCUAUACUUUUAGUGGGAAUUAUAUGCACUUUCUAUACAACUAUUGGAGGCAUAAAAGCGGUCAUUUGGACGGAUGUAUUGCAGGGUUCACUCAUGAUUUUGGGAGUGCUUGUGGUUAUCGUAACAGGUAUCAUAGAAAUGGGUGGUCUGAAGGAGUUGUGGGACAUAAAUGAGCGAGGUGGUCGACUCAAUAUGAAGGUAGAUGUCUAUAAUCACGACAACUUCUGGAAUGUAUUGAUUGGGACGACCGUUAACUGGUCGGGAGCCUACUGUAUAUCACAACAACAGAUACAACGCUAUUGUAAUGUGGGUUCACCACAAAAGGGACGGCGGGCGUUGUAUUGGAACCUCCCGGGGCUCAUAGUAUUCAUAGUGAUGUCCAUAAUGUGUGGCAUGGUAAUAUACGCCAAAUACCACGCGUGUGACCCUGUUACCUUGGAUUUGAUAAAAAGGCACGACCAACUCAUGCCGUAUUAUGUUAUGGACACUCUAUCUCAAUACCCGGGACUACCGGGCCUUUUUGUGGCAUGUGCGUUUAGUGGGGCGCUCAGCACCCUAUCGUCGGGUUAUAAUUCAUUGGCGGCCAUCACUUGGGAGGACCUCAUUAAGGAUCGCGUGAAACUCAAAAAUGAAAGCCAGGCACUCCUUAUCUCUAAACUAAUUGCCAUGUCGUACGGACUUAUAAUCAUUGGAUUUGCGUUUCUCGUGGGAAAAGCCGGGACAGUAAUGCAGGCGGCAAUGGCUAUAAGCGGCGCAAUGGGAGGCCCUAUAUUUGCCUUAUAUCUUGUCGGCAUAUUCUAUCCGUACGCCACCGCACCGGGCGCAUUAAUAGGAUUUCUGUGUGGAUAUGGCGUUAACUCAGUCCUAGCCAUCGGUUCGUUGGUUAUGCCGCGACCGAAGGUGUCGUUACCGACUACUCUAGACAACUGUCCCGUGGAUGUCAUCCAAAGUGUGUUCACCCGAUUUGAAACACUCCCCAACUCUACGUACAUUCCGUCCUAUGAUAACGUGGAAGGUUUGGGUAAAUUUUUUCACAUCUCAUACCUAUUGUUAUCAACAAUUGGAUUCACGAUAUGUAUUGUGGUCUCAGUGUUGGCCAGUCUAUGCAUAGGUAAACAAAUCAAAACCCUCGAUACAAAGCUGAUGUCACCGAUUGUCAAAUAUAUAUUUCCCGGUUGUUGCGCCCACAAUAAGCAAAAAUCCAAUGAAAUCGAGACAAUUGAUGCCACGUAUGUCUCGGAGCCCAAUAACACACCAAAUAUAAAUCAACCAAAUAUUACACAUGAAGUGACCAGUGUUAUAUAA